UCUGGUCCCCCCCGCCCGCGUUAGAGAGGGGAAAACGCGGGUUAUCCUUUAGCCGAGCGCACUCGCUGCCAGGGGGCGGGUGUAGUAGUCGCGCGCGACCUGGGGCCCAGUAGGUAACGCAUGAGUUGCCCGUGAGCGGGUGGUGGCAGGGCAGGCGCCGCCGUCGCUGCGCUGGCUGCAAAGAACCGAGGCAGCAGAAGGAGGAAGAGGAGGAGACUCUGGCCCCUCAGGUAUAGCAGGUGCGGCCGCCCCAGCCUGGGCAGGUCACAUUUGGGUCAUCUGGUGAAACCUUCCAAGAAACCAAGUUGAAAAGAUGGUUUGCACGAAUAAGCUUGGGCAGUCAGAAUGAAAUUAGGAUAACUCUGCAGAAAAAUAAAAAUGAACACAUGGUUAUGAUAUUUAAAAUCCAUGAUGCCGCCUGCCAUGGCAGAUGCUCUGGACAUCUGGGCAGUAGAUUCACAGAUAGCAACUGAUGGCUCAAUAUCUGUGGACUGCCUUCUUCCUACUGGAAUUUACAUCAAUCUGAAUGUCCCUCGUGAUGCCACUAUUUGUCAUAUCAAACAGCUAUUAUGGAAGCAAGCACACAGCUACCCGCUGUUCCAUCUACUUAUGGAGAUCGAUUCCUAUAUGUUUUCCUGUGUGAACCAAACAGCUGUACGUGAGGAACUGGAGGAUGAGACACGGAGACUCUGUGAUAUUAGGCCGUUUCUUCCUGUGCUUCAACUCAUUACAAGGAGCUGUGACCCUGGGGAAAAAUUGGACUCCAAAAUAGGUGUUCUCAUAGGAAAAGGUCUUCAUGAGUUUGAUGCCCUGCAGGACCCAGAAAUAAACGAAUUCCGGAUUAAGAUGCGGCGAAUCAGUGAAGAGAAGUUGCAGUCUCAUGUGGGGUUAUCUUGGCUGGACUGGUUAAAGCUCACUUAUCCACCAGAACAAGAACCAGCAAUUCAAGAAAACCUCCAAGAUAAACUCUAUGGUGGCAAUUUAGUUGUGGCUGUUCAUUUUGAUAACUGUCAGGACGUGUUUAGUUUUCAGGUGUCCCCUAAUAUAAACCCAACCAAGUUGAAUGCACUGGCAAUCCGGAAACGUUUGACUAUCCAUGGAAGAGAAGAUGAAGAAGUUGACCCUUCUGACUAUGUGUUGCAAGUCAGUGGAAGACUGGAAUAUGUGUUUGGGGAUCAUCCAUUAAUUCAAUUCCAGUAUAUCCAUAGCUGUGUAAUGAACAGAACGCUUCCUCAGCUGACUCUUGUUGAAUGCAGCACCAUAAAGAAAAUGUGUGAACAGGAAAUGAUUGCUAUAGAAGCUGCCAUUAACAGAAAACCACACAACCUUCCUCUUCCUCUACCACCCAAAAAAUCACGAACAGUAGCUAGCGUUUGGGAUAUUAGCAGCCCUUUCAAGGUUGUGCUGGUAGAUGGCAACAAAUUGAACACAGAAGAAACUGCCAAAGUUCAUGUCAGGGCUGGUCUCUUCCAUGGAACUGAGCUCCUUUGUGAGCCUAUCGUAAGCUCAGAAAUAUCUGGGAGAAAUGACCAUGUUUGGAAUGAACCCUUGGAAUUUGAUAUCAACAUCUGCGAUUUGCCAAGAAUGGCUAGGCUGUGCUUUGUGGUUUAUGCCGUGAUGGAUAAAAUGAAAAAUAAAAAGUCAGCCAAGACACUUAAUACUUCCAAAUACCAGACCAUUAGAAAAGCUGGGAAAGUGCACUAUCCUGUCGCAUGGGUCAAUACCAUGGUGUUUGAUUUUAAAGGACAGUUGAGAACCGGAGACCUUGCGCUGCACUGUUGGUCAUCAUUUCCUGAUGAACUUGAAGAAAUGUUGAAUCCAAUGGGAACAGUACAGACCAAUCCAUACACUGAAAAUGCAACAGCUUUGCACAUCAGAUUUCAAGAGUAUUCGAAACUUCCUAUUUAUUACCCUCCCUUUGAUAAGAUACUUGAAAAGGCAGCUGAAAUAGCAAGAAAUAGCGAUAGCUCUAGCAUGUCAGGGCGUGGGGGCAAAAAGAUCUACAUUGAGCUAAGGGAGAUCAUGGAAAGAGACCCCUUGUCUCAGCUAUGUGAAAACGAAAUGGAUCUUAUUUGGAUUUUGCGAUAUGACUGUCGUGAGAAUUUUCCACAAUCCUUGCCAAAGCUACUGCUCUCUGUGAAGUGGAACAAGCUUGAAGAUGUUGCUCAGCUACAGGCUCUUCUUCAGAUAUGGUCCAAACUGCCUCCCAGAGAAGCAUUAGAAUUGUUGGAUUUCAAUUAUCCAGAUCAAUAUGUAAGAGAAUAUGCAGUGGAAUGUUUAAGACAAAUGAGUGAUGAAGAACUUGCUCAGUAUCUUCUGCAGCUUGUGCAAGUACUGAAAUAUGAACCUUUUCUCGACUGUGCCCUCUCCAGGUUCCUGCUAGAGAAAGCACUGGCAAACAGGAGGAUAGGACAGAUGCUAUUUUGGCAUCUGAGAUCAGAAGUGCACAUACCUGCAUUUGCAGUGCAGUUUGGUGUGAUACUUGAAGCUUACUGCCGGGGCAGCGUUGGUCACAUGAAAGUGCUAUCCAAACAGGUUGAAGCACUGAAUAAGAUGAAAACUCUGAAUAGUCUCAUAAAGUUGAACGCCGUGAAGCAAAGCAGAGCCAAAGGAAAAGACACAAUGCACACCUGUCUAAAACAAAGAGCAUACAAAGACGCCCUUUCCGAUAUCCAGUCUCCUCUGAAUCCUUCUGUUUUACUCUCAGAGCUGUAUGUGGAGAAAUGUAAAUACAUGGACUCUAAAAUGAAGCCUUUGUGGAUAGUAUAUAACAACAAAGUGUUUGGUGGAGAUUUGGUGGGGAUCAUCUUUAAAAAUGGAGAUGAUCUGCGGCAAGAUAUGCUGACACUUCAGAUGUUACGCCUGAUGGAUUUACUUUGGAAAGAGGCUGGUCUAGAUCUUCGAAUUUUGCCUUAUGGUUGUCUAGCAACUGGAGAUCAUUCUGGCUUAAUUGAGGUUGUCUCUGCAUCUGAGACCAUUGCAGACAUUCAGCUAAAUAGUAGUAAUGUUGCUGCCGCUGCUGCAUUCAACAAAGAUGCUCUCUUAAAUUGGAUUAAAGAAUACAAUUCAGGAGAUGACCUGGACCGAGCCAUUGAAGCAUUCACUCUGUCCUGUGCUGGCUACUGUGUAGCUACUUACGUGCUGGGCAUAGGAGACAGGCAUAGUGACAAUAUCAUGGUCAGGAAGAAUGGUCAGCUCUUUCAUAUAGACUUUGGCCAUAUUCUUGGAAACUUCAAGGCCAAAUUUGGAAUUAAAAGAGAGCGAGUGCCUUUCAUUCUUACCUAUGAUUUUAUCCAUGUCAUUCAGCAGGGGAAAACUGAAAAUCCAGAAAAAUUUGGCCGGUUCCGCCAAUGUUGUGAAGAAGCAUACCUGAUUCUGCGAAAACAUGGGAACCUAUUUAUCACUCUCUUUGCACUGAUGUUAACAGCUGGGCUUCCAGAGCUAACCUCUGUCAAAGACAUCCAGUAUCUAAAGGACUCACUUGCCUUAGGGAAGAGUGAUGAAGAGGCACUCAAGCAGUUUAAGCAGAAAUUUGACGAAGCACUCAGAGAAAGCUGGACUACUAAAGUGAACUGGAUGGCACACACGGUUCGGAAGGAUUACCGAGCCUAGGCGUUGGAUGAAUUUGCACUAAGCUUCAUGUACCCUUACAAUAAAGUGUUAACAGGGAGAUAACAGACUCUUUCUGAAAACUAAAAACAAAAACAGACCCAAGGAAAUUGCCUGAAUGAUUCCUGAUUGUUUUGCACUCUGCUUCAGAAUGCUUCGACAAGAUUUUGUAAAAUUAGCAGAUGUCCUCAAUAAUCACUUCUGCUGACUUUGCACGCUGAAAGCUACUAAGCUUUUAUAUUAUUAUUAUUUUGAUACAUCGGGAUUCUGUAAAUAUUUGGGAUUUUUUUAUGUUGAUGACACUCUGAUGCAUUCUUGGAGACUUCGUACAGAACUGAUUGUUAAACAAAAUAUCAGAGAUGUUUUUGACAUCUUAAUUUUGCUUUACGUGAGUGUGUGUGUGUGUGUGUGUGUGUGUGUGUGUGUGUGUGUGUACACGUACAUUUUUUACGGGCAUAAAUGUAUUGGUUCUUCUGUAAAUAACUGCCAGACCAUUGUACAGUGAAAAGCUGCUUAUUGUCUUGAACUGCUGCCAGAAGAAGAGAUUUCUACACUUACUAAUGAGAAAAUUAUUUUAAAGAGAUGAACCUUUUCACCCAGGUGCUCACUGUUUUUGAUGUAAACCACACUGAUGAAUACUUCAGUGGGGCAUAUGUUUUGGACAACUGUGAGCUUUUGAAAAAUUGGUGUGCCACCUUGAAGUUGACUGCCUUUCUGAGUUUUUAUCAAACCUCCAUGUCUUAGGUCUCUAAUGACUGAGCUUUUGCAUAAGCUUCAAGAAAAGAGUUGGCCUCAGUCUUCCAGUGACAUCCAUAAAAACUGUAAUGUCCACAUACAUCUUGUAAUAUAUAUGGAAAGCCUAAGCAUAAUAUACAUAUGCACUCAAACAUAAGUGUGUCAAAACCAAGAGGUUUGUGGGGUUUGUUUGAGUUUUGUUUUUGUUUUUUUGUUUUGUUUUUUGCGGGGGGGGGGGGGGAAGCAUGCUACAAUGCAGCAUUUUUAAAUGAAACUCCAAAGUGUCAUCAGACCUAGCCUUUACUGAGUCUUUAAAUGCCUGCAGUAGUGCUCAUUGUCUUGUCCAAGAUGUUUGUAUUCAAUUUAAGAUGAUUGAGGGAAACACUGGAUUUAUUUUUAAUUUAUAAAUGAGGUACCAAGUUUUAAGGUGCUUAAUAGAGGAGCAAUUCAGAAUAAAAGUGCAAUAGGAUUGGCUGGUUUAAAGGUGUAUCUGUGUCUUGAAAUAGCGGUGAAAUGGACUUUUAGCUACUGCUUGCUCACCAAAAAUACUGGUAGCUCUUAGUUUUGGUGGCGAUUGAAUGAAAGUAAUUAUAUAUAUAAUGAUACCUUUGGAUCAAAACAUUGAUUUAUAAAUAGGAAUUGCAUUAAAGACUAUUUUACUUUGUCAGAAUUAUGUAUGUUCUGCUCGAAAGAAUACUGUAUACAAUUGGAUAUUUGUGGUGUUGUUUUGUUUUGUUUUGUUUUGUUUUUUAGAAACCUGCUAUGUUGUGGGUUCACAAUUUGUGAUAAAGUUGUGUCAGGCUUGUUGGGGGAAUAUGCCUAAAUAUGAAAUGAACUGCAAUAAUUUCACACACUUGCAUACACUCUGUGUAGUGAUAAAAUAGUGCUUCUGCGUGGAAUGUGUGUCUAUCCAUAUGCUGCCUGUGCUGGGUGAGGAGGAGGCCCAGCCUUUCAGUAUGAAAUUGUCAUGAAUGCUUGUUGAAGGCCUUUUAAACAAUCUAGACACCACUGCUCAUUGGCAAGUGCUGCUGGGACUGGCCUUUCAGUAUGACUACGAUGAGUAUCUAUAUACCGCUUUUCAACAAAAGUGCGCAAAGCAGUUUACAUAGAUAUAAACAAAUAAAAUGGGGAAAAUGCUUGACUAACAAGCAGAAGGUUGCCAGUUCGACUCCCUGCUGGUAUGCUUCCCAGACUAUAGGAAACACCUAUAUCGGGCAGUAGCGAUGUGGGAAGAUGCUGAAAGCCAUCAUCUCGUACUGCGUGGGAGGCGGUAAUGGUAACCCUCUCCUGUAUUCUACCAAAAGAAAACCACAUGGCUCUGUGGGCACCAGGAGUUGAAAUAGACUUGAAGGAACACUUUACCUUUACCUUUAUACCCAAAGGGCUCGCAAUCUAAAAAAGAAAUGUAAGAUAGACACCAGCAACAGCCACUCGAGGGAUGCUGUGCUGGGAUGCUGCUCAGUAGAAGUCGUGGUGAGGCAAUUGCCUCAAAGGACAGGCAAAGAGGGCAGCAAGCACCACCACCUGCUGCUGCUGCUGCAGGUGCCACCCAUCUCUCCUCUUCCUGCUGCCUUCUCUCCAUACCCAAGCAGGAUGUACAUCCCCUCCUCUUCCACCCUCCCAGGCCAGAUACCCAAUAUUGUUGUUGCAGCCAGAUCUUGCAUGGUCUCCUCUUCCAGAAGGAGAGGUUGUUUGCCUUCAACAACCAAAGACAACUUGGGCCACUCCUGAGUGCUGACUUAGGUAGACUGGAUUGGAUCCAAAGAACUGGAACUGAAUGGAAAAAUGGCAUAGCCCUGUUCAUCAAAUGCUUGUGAAAGAGUCCACACAGUCCUGUGAAUAGGCUGUAUGGUGGCUGCUCAGCACCAGCAUUUUCCUCACUGCUGAGCCUGUCAGUCAGACUGAGGGAGGGCAGAGCUGAGCCUGAGCAAACCAGGAGAAGAAAGGAAAUUUUGUGAUUUAAAAAGCCUUUAGUUAAAGAUGAGAGUGAAGGUGCUUUUCAAGUUUUCACUCAUGCUCUAAAGUGUUUGGAAAUUGCAAGUCAAGGUGCCCUCUUAACUUUCAUGCCGUAUAAGCUGUAAAGACUUAUAGUCACGUAUAUUAUGCUAAUUUAACAAAUGAGUCUCCAUACACUCAUACCUUUUCUUGGUCUUUCUGCUGGACAUUGGGCUGGAGAAGGAUACAGAUAAGCAGAAAUAAAACAGGUACAGCUUUCCCAAUCACUUGCUAGAAAUGCCCCCAGUGGAUUUCUGCCUAGUGCACAAUACUUUCCAAAAAUAUUAGCUAACGAGUACAUGUUCAGGCAGAAAUACAACAGAUCCCCACUCUAGCCACAAUCUCUUCCUCCCCUGUCUACUUCUUAGGGUAGUAGUACUUCAUAGGGUACUAGUACUUCAUAGGGUAAAAUAAAUGGAAAUUGGUCAUGACCAAUCUUGGCUUAUUCUAAUUUACUUCAUUCAGAUAACCCAAGGAUUGAAAUGAGUUACAGAUCUCAGGUUAUCUCAAGCAAGUAGAUUAGAAUAAGCCACAAUUGGCUGGUUUGGACAACAUGGCCAAUCGACACAUAUUUAAACCUAGAUGGCCAUUUGUUUAGAUGAGCAUUAGUAAUAAAUAUUUAGGCCUUAUUAUUCCAAGGGAUAUUAGAAUAACAGUUAAACUUAACCUUGACACAUUAUUAUCAAAAAUAAAUUUGGACUAAACACAUUGGGCUUCAUUGCUGUUUAGUCUUGGUGAGAAGGUAAACAUGUCAAAGUCAUAUGUAAUGCCAAAACUGAUUUAUGUUUUAGGAGGCCUACCACUCUACAUUUCUCAGAUAUAUUUUGCAAAGCUUGCUAAAAUGAUUUGGUCUGUUUUUAUGGGAGGAAAAACUAUUUCCUUGUAUAUUUGUAAAUAAAAUGCAGCUUCCAGUUUA